CGCGCGCGCCGGCCAGUACCGCUCGAGCGUUCGUCGCAAACGCACGUUUGCUCUGCGCCGCGCCGCCUCAGUGACAGUGAUCAUACCGCUACUCUAGACAAUCGAGUCUGUCGCGGUCCUUGUUGGUGAUAAAGUAUCGGCUCGCGGUCGAUCCGCGCCGAAUCGACCCUCCUUCCCGUCGAUACACCGAGAGUGCAUUAUCGAAGGAGAGUUACCGUUGCGACUAGUGCAGUGCUGGUACGAAGAUGAGGCCGAAAGAUGAGACGGACGCGAAGCUCCAGACGGGGACCUUCAUCCUGUCCGAGAAAAUCGAUGACACGAAGGCGAAGAAAAGCGAGAAGGAAAUGAAGAAAGAGAUGAAAAGACUCGAGAAGGAGAAGCAGGAGCGAGAGAAGAGGGAAAAGAAGGCGCGCGAAAAGGAAAAGGAGCGCGAGAAACAAGGAAAGAAAGGCAAAGUGGUGUGUGGCGCUUGCGGCGGCAAGUGCAGCGGCGAGGUGCUGCGCGUCACCGACAAGUACUUUCACACGGCGUGCUUCACGUGCCGAGCCUGCUCCGCCUCGCUCGCCCGCGGCGGCUUCUUCUGCAAGGACGGACACUACUACUGCCCACAGGACUACCAGCGAGCGUUCGGCACACGGUGCGCGGCGUGCGGCCAGUACGUGGAGGGCGAGGUGGUCAGCGCGCUCGGCAACACCUACCACCAGAAAUGCUUCACCUGCGCGCGCUGCAAACGCGCGUUUCCGUCGGGUGAGAAGGUGACGUACACAGGGUCGGAGGUAAUCUGUGGCGGAUGUGCGGCGCCGCAGCGACACACGGCGCGCGCUGCAGCGUCCCCCGCGUCCCCCACCACACCGACCUCUCCCGGCUCGCCCGGCUCCCCCGCCUCGCCGCGCUCCCCCGGCUCGCCCGUAUCCCCCGACAGAGACGACGUCGACCAGCGUCAGCCGGACCCCAACGAGUGCGCGGGCUGCGGCCAGGAGCUGUCGGAGGGGCAAGCGCUGGUCGCACUCGACAGACAAUGGCACACGUGGUGUUUCGCGUGCGGCGAGUGCGGCGCGGUGCUGCGCGGCGAGUACAUGGGGCGCGGCGGCGUGCCCUACUGCGAGCGCGACUACCAGCGCCUGUUCGGCGUGCGCUGCGCCUACUGCCAGCGCUACAUCUCCGGCAAGGUGCUGCAGGCCGGCGACAACCACCACUUCCACCCCACCUGCGCGCGCUGCUCCAAGUGCGGCGACCCCUUCGGCGACGGCGAGGAGAUGUUCCUGCAGGGCGCCGCCAUCUGGCACCCGCGCUGCGGCCCCGCGCCCAACGACCCCCUCGCCCUCGACCGCGCCUGCUCCGAGCUGCAGUGGUCGCUGAGGUCGCGCACUCCGAGCGUCAACGGCUCCUACUGCAGCCCCUACAGCAGCCUCACCAGGAAGUACGGGUACCGCGGCGUGUCCCCGGGACUGGCGCUGCGCGGAGACCGCUCCGGCGCCUCCUCCCCGCACCGCAUCACCACGUACUCCUACCUGGCCAGCGAGCCCGCCACGCUGCGUCGCUGUGUGCAGCCCUACGACCGCCCGCCCACCUCGCCGCACUUCCACCGCCCGCCCUCCUCCGCCAGCACGCGCGCCAGCUCGCGCCCCGGCAGCAAGGCGUCCUCGCGGCCCGGCAUGCGCGCCCUCGUCGACUCCAUGCGCAGUGAGACGCCGCGCCCCAAGUCUCCGCACAUGAACAACGAGGAGCCGAUCGAGCUGUCGCACUACCCGUCGGCGUACAAACCUGCGCCCGGCACCAAGCCCAAGAUAGAGCGCGACGACUUCCCCGCCCCGCCCUACCCCUACACUGACCCGGAGCGGCGCCGGCGGUGGUCGGACACGUACAAGGGAGUGCCGGACAGCGACGAGGAGGAGGGACGUCACAACGGACACAACGGCGUCGACCACAAACUGCAGCGCGAGGAGCGCGAGCUCGCCAAGAUCGAGAGCGGCAUCGCGCAGGUGUUUCUGAAAGAAGUCAAGGAACGGGAGAAACUUCAGCAGUGGAAGAAGCAGAACUUAGAUCCUAGAAAUGCGAGCAGGACACCGUCAGCGGCGCGCGAGGCUGCGCCCCGGCUGCGGUACUCCUCGCCCGUCGGCGCUUCGCCCUCGCGCUCCCUCGACCACCGCGAGCGCCGCGACAUCAGAGACCGCGCCUCCGCAGACCACGCCCACCUCCCCCACAUACCCACAUACAACGUGGUGUCGUCGCUGCGGUCGGCGCCGCGGCCGGGGUACGGGCUGGCCGCCAGGUCACACACCUUCUCCUCCAGCACCGCCGGCGACUUCACAUUCAGCGGGCUGACGGCGGGCGACAAGACGCACAGCACUGACUUCAGCAGCGGCAAGUCAGAUAUAUCUGCCGGCUCCAUAACGGACGUGGACAGGAGUGCUGUGAGCACGGAGGGGGGCGUGGUGGUGCGCGGGGGCGGGACCGGCGUGGGCAUGGGCGUGGGCGUGGGCGUGGGCGGGGCCGUGAGCGCGCUGGGCGGCGUGGGCCCGCGCGGCGGCGGCGUGCGGCGCUCGCUGCCCAACAUGGCGACCUCGCACCUGCUGCACGAGCCCGCCAAGCUGUACCCCUACCACCUGCUGCUCAUCACCAACUACCGCCUGCCGCCCGACGUCGACCGCCUCAACCUGGAGCGCCACCUGUCGGACGUGGAGUUCGAGGCGAUCCUGCAGGUGACCCGCGCCGAGUUCUACCGACUGCCGCAGUGGCGCCGCAACGAGCUCAAGCGCCGCGCGCGUCUCUUCUAGCCUGGCGCCGGAACCCCGCGACCCGCGACCCUCGACCCCGGGGCCCUCAACUCCGGGGCCCUCAACUCUGGGGCCCUCAACCCCGGGACCCUCAACCCCGAGACCUUCAACCCCGGGACCCUCAACCCCGGCGCUGCAACCGGAGACAACGAGCCUUGUAAUUUGUACGCGCGGCUCGGGAUCAAUAUCUGUCUAUCUCUUAACAUUGUAAACUGUCAGAUGAGGUUCGCGGUUUCAAAUUUAUUACUCUGUUUAGUUCUUCCUCUGCUUACGUGUGCUAAACUAUGUAAAGAUCAUUUAAAAUAUGUAUUCGAUGUAAAAUUUAUAAUUUGUGUAAUUUAGCAAAAUAGCUGCACACAAUUUACAAGAAAAUCUCGUAAGCAUCAAAAAAGAGCGAGAUGAGAAGAUCCCGAGUGAGCGAGCGAGUGAGCGAGACAGACGCGCGUACGGCGCUCGUGUGAUUGUAUAACAAUACAAGAAGCGUACUUUCGUUUGUACGUCGACUUAUUUAUUCGGCAUAAUUUUAUAUCUAUAAAUGUUAAUAUUUUUAAUUUUAUUAGAGCCAAGUUGUAGAGGCGCCCC